AUGGCGAUAGCAUCCCUGGGAAAUGGAACAAAGCUCGAUGCUGCCCAAGUCCGAGCACUUGCCGAAGCCGCUGGUUUGUCAAUACCCGACAGUGUUAUCGAAGACUGGCAGGUUCUUCUCGGAGGAUUCGAAGACAGUGCGCAGCUCGUUCUGGCAGAGGAUGACUGUCUGCCUAUACCGGAUCCAAACAAGUAUCUCCGGUCAAACAUCGAGGCCGCAGCGGACAACAACAAAGGCGGUUGGGCGACACGAUGCCUGAUUAAAAGUACGGCACCAACAAGCGAUUUGCUGGCCCAACGCACCGUGGCCGUAAAGGACAACGCUGCCGUUGCCGGCGUCAGAUGUACCAACGGUCUCCCCCCUGUCAAUGAAGAAUGGAUCCCUCAAUACGAUGCUACGGUCGUAACUAGAGUCCUGGAUGCUGGCGGCAUAGUCACCGGCAAAGCUGCUUGUGAGAAUGCCUGCAUGGAACCUAUGUCCAAUACUUCGUACACAGGGGUCGUCCAUAAUCCGUACGCAGACGGCUAUACCUGUGGAGGUUCCAGUAGCGGGUCUGGAAGGUUGGUCGCGAUUGGGGCUGUUGAUAUGGCAAUAGGGGGCGACCAGGGAGGUUCAAUCCGGAUCCCCGCAGCAUUUUGUGGCAUCGUUGGACUCAAACCGACUUGGGGCCUGGUUCCAUACACGGGUAUCCUUGGUCUCCAGUCCACGAUUGAUCAUACCGGUCCCAUGACGUCGACCGUUCGAGACAACGCUCUCAUGCUCGAAGCGAUCGCCGGUCCAGAUGGUCUAGACGAUCGGCAACCAUUUUCCAUGCCUCCUGGAUCAUUAAGGUACUCGAGCGCCUUGGACGAGUUCCUUGCCACCGGUUCCGACAAGCCACGAGACCAACUUCUAAAGGGGUUUAAAAUCGGUGUCCUGAAGGAAGGCUUUGCAGCACCGCAGAUGAAUUCGAAUGUCUCCAAAGCCUGCCAUUCGGCCAUUUCCGAUCUCAAAGAAUUGGGCGCCGAGGUCGUUGAAGUCUCGGUCCCAAAUCACGAGCAAAUCUGCCUGGCCUGGAGUUGUGCCCUCCCGCUACGCGGCGCUCGCGAAGCACUUCUUGGAGACACCACAGGGCGCAAACAAUUUGAAAUGACAGAUCGUAGUGUUCGAGCCGCUCCGGCCAUGGGGCCGAACCAGAAGGCGUUUCUUUCACAAGAGUUCUUCGAUGCCCUCGGUCCUGGUGCCCAAAAUCUUUACAUGAGGUACUUGUACGUGAACGACAAAUACGGCGCCGGCCUGCACGCCAAAUGCACCAACCUGCUGAACAAAGCGACGCAAUUGUACGACGCCGUCCUUGGGUCUGUCGACGUGAUGGUCAUGCCGACGGUACCUAUGCCGGCAUUGCCAUUUCCAGCCAAAAACGGACCUCUGGCAAGUCUCUCGUAUCCACUUGGCGUGCUUAGCAAUACCGCGCAGUUCAAUUCCACCGGUCAUCCCGCGCUUUCUUUGCCUGUGGGAUUUGUCUCCGCCCCAGACAAUCCGGACAUCAAGUUGCCCGCUGGACUCCAGAUUGUCGGCAAGCGUUUCGAGGAUCUGACAACCUAUAAGAUCGCGGCGGCGUGGGAGGGGAGCAAAGACUGGAAAAAGCUGGUUUUCGCCGACUAG